CAACUUCGCACUCAUUCAUUGUGUUGGUGGGGAGGAUGUCUUAGUUAUUUUGCCAAUUUGAGGCUGUGUUACUCCUCCCAGGGGAUGCUACGUCUCCCACCGCCCAGUAGUUGAGCCUCAGUUAAAGGUGAUGGAGAUGUUUGUGGGCAGCAGCAGCUUAAAUUCAAAGCAGCUCCAAGCAUUACUGGUUACCAGCCUAGCAGCUAGCAGUGUUCCUCCCCGGCAACUUUUAAGACUUGUCUCCGGCAGCUUGGAUUGCCUCUUGGCAGCUUGGAACAUUACACUGCCACUUGCUCGCAGACACUGGCUCACAGACACACACAGCAGUGUGUCCCCCGCUUGCUUGUUCUGGAUUAAUGGAAGGCAUUGUUUAUGCUCUGGAGGUAGAAGAUGAAUAGUGUGGUAGAUGAUGUUGAACAAAAAGUUUUGUUUUGUGUGACAAUGUGAUGCCUUAUUGACCACAAUGGCAGUGAGGGAACGCCGAAACUGACACAGGAAAUGGUGCCGUAAUUGUGAUGACAAGAUGUAGAUCCAUAUUAUUAAGUUCUGUGAAAAGUAAUAAUACAUCUGUACAUUAUGUGACACAGUGAGAGUGCAGUGUAUAAAAUGAAUCAUUUGAUAAACUUUUCAAACAGUUGAUUGAAGUUAGUGAAAAAUUGGUCUUGAGUUUAGUAGUACAAAUACAAAAAAAUAUGUAAGGGAAUUAAAACUGCUGAGACAAUUUAAGUGGGGUGAUGAAGAAGGCGGAAUUAAUGAACGUGAGCCCGGCUGCCUGCAUUGGUCGGGGCUCUAUUGGUAGAUCCCAGACUGGAGGCAGUGGCCAUGUGCCACUGCAAGACCACAAUCCAGACUUUCCUACCACAACCUCCAGUGGUGCCUCUCACAAUGUGAAUGUGCUUAAUAAUAAUGUGGAGGUCAAUGGUCUUACCAAUGGAUCAGUUAUUUGCAACAACAACAUUAAUAAUAAUGACAGAAAUAAAACAAGAAAGAAAAGUACAGAAACUAAAAAUAGAGAACAGGGAACUGUGGGUUAUGUCAGUGAGAGAGUUCGUGCAUUAAGUGUCAGCAAUCGGCCCAAGACACACUCGGCCCAUAGGUUUGGCCCGGCAGACCUGAGAGCAUCGUACAAUGAGAGACUAAGAUCUGGCCCAGCCAGUCUACAGCCACUGGGUCGAGGCUCUGGAGUGCGUUCUGGUCAGGAUGUAGGGGGAGGGUUUGUCUACAUGAGAGGGAUGGGUGGAUUGUACAGAAGCAAUUCAUCUCUAGAUUUAGACCAUGAUGUUGAGGAACAGCCUCCUGCAUCCCCACUUAGGAGGGAAUAUGGUUCUCAUGGCUCCAUCAAUGUUGCUUCAGCCCCACCGGAAACAUUAUAUUCCAUUUUACGUGGACUUAAGCCUAUUGAACCAAUAAAGUGUGCCUCCACAUCAAGUGAUAAUGUGGCAGGAUCUCUGGCCAGUGAGGCAGAAGCCACAUCUCCUAAAGUUCGUUCAAAAUUUCAAAAACUGUGGGAUAAAGAUAAGCCUUCUAUAUUUAAGAAAUUACGUUCAAGUAAAAGCACAGAAACCAAAGCUGACAGUAAGUUGGACAUUAAUUCAGAAUCAAGUGCCCCAACUGGUAUGACCAAAUCGUGUAAAUCCGGUGAACAAAAUGGGGAUGCAGACAGUCGCAGUGAGGAGCCACCAAAUUCUGUACCCACCAGACGUUCUGCUUUUGCACAUUAUGACUGUCGGUCCUUAGCCACACAGUUUAAUAUGGGACACAUGCGACUACUGCUGACUGAAAGAGCAAAUACUACCACAGGAGCAUCUGCAGCAGCAAUGGCCGGUUCAGCACCAAGUGGUGUUCACCAUGACAGCACAGAGGACUUACAGCAUGAUGAACACGACCCAGGAGAUGGACGAAGCAAUCAACUAAUUAAUAGUUGCCCAUUCUUCCGUAAUGAGCUUGGCGGCGAAGGGGAACGUGUGGUCAGCCUCAGCAGGGAUUGGGGAUGUGGAGCAAGACCAAGUACCCCAACCCUUGCACUGGGUCUCCACCGACCUGUGGCAGCAACUACUCUUGGUCUUUUAGAACCCCCUGUUGGACAGUCUCACUGGCGGAUGACACUCUGUCCAUAUGUCAGAAGCCCUCUUACCAUUGAAGCAGUAGACCAAGGAGCAACUUACUACCGAAGCUAUUUCUGUGGGCAAGAACACCAAAACUGGUUUGGCAUGGAUGACACUCUGGGUCCAGUGGCGAUCAGCAUACGCAGAGAGAAAGUAGAGGAUGCUUCAGAUAGUGCCCACAGCCUUCCAACAUAUCAGUAUCGUAUCAUUGUCAGAACUUCUGAGCUAUUUAGUUGCCAAGGUACAGUUCUUGAGGAGAGCCUUGGGCGACCCAGUGGAGAGAAAGGUCGAAGUCCAGGAGUUCGGGAAGCCCUGGAAUAUGUAUAUCCACAACUUUCAGUUGGAUGUUUACGUCUGGGCCAACCAAGUACACAGACAGAGGAAGCCUUAACCCGAUUAGAUGAUUUAGGGGUCCAUAACAAAUUUAAGGUGGGAGUGCUGUACUGCCGAGCUGGCCAGACCACUGAGGAGGAGAUGUACAACAAUGAGAGUGCUGGACCUGCUUUUUCUGAGUUCCUGGAAGUGCUUGGCCAACGUGUCAGGCUGAAGGACUUUGAUAAAUAUAGAGGAGGACUUGAUAAAAAGACUGACUCAACUGGUUUGUACAGUGUUUACAACCAGUAUCGUGAUGCAGAGAUAAUGUUCCACGUGUCAACACUGCUUCCUUUUACUCCAAAUAACCGAAAGCAACUGCUAAGAAAGAGGCACAUUGGCAAUGAUAUUGUCACCAUCGUCUUUCAAGAGCCUGGGGCCCCACCAUUCAGCCCAAAACAUAUUCGCAGUCAUUUCCAACACGUCUUCAUUGUAGUACAAUCUGUCAAUCCUUGCACAGAAAAUACCCAGUAUAAAGUUACUGUGAGCAGAUUCAGAGAUGUCCCUCUGUUUGGUCCUAUGAUGCCUGAAGGAGCAACUUUUCCCAAGUCUAAAACUUUUACUGAUUUCCUCUUGGCAAAGGCUAUUAAUGGUGAAAUAGCAGCAUUGCGGUCAGAGAAGUUUGCUGCCAUGGCAACACGUACAAGACAUGAGUACCUGAAAGAUUUAGCCCUCAACCACUCGUCUUCCACUGCCCUCGACACUUCCACUAAAUUCUCACUAAUGGGCUUCUCUCGUGGUGGCAAGAAGGAAAAGAAAGGAGUUAAGUACAUUCCUGACGUCACAGUGCGUGGUGCCCUGUCAUGGCCGCUCACUGUGCAUGAUGCAGCCCUUCAGCACACUGUGGACUGUGUAGUAGGCAUCUCUAUAGACUCUGUGGUGGUAGUUGAGGAGGCAACAGCUGCAGUCAUCUUUGCUGCACCCUGCAAGAGUGUUAUUGGUUGGACCAUUAAGCCACUACAAGGCUGUCUUUUUACCAAUCUCCAUCAGGAACUGAUUUUGCGGAGAAACCCAGCAGGUUUAUUGGGGUUUAAUGUACAACAAGAUGGGGUUAUCACCGAAGUAGAACCUUAUGGUUUGGCAUCACAGUCUGGCCUGCGACAGGGAGCCAGACUGGUAGAAAUCUGCACAGUUACUCUAGCAACCUUGUCGCAAGAACAGAUGGUGGACUUGCUCAAAACAUCCAUGACUGUAACUGUCACCAUUGUACCACCACAUCCUGAUGGAGCACCUCGCAGAGGGUGUAAUGUGCCAACAUGUGGCUUCCUAUUAGGGGGUAGUGAGGGAGACUAUGAGAAUCUCACCACACCCGAGCAACUCUCGCGCAAACAUCAAAAGUCUCGCCAUAAUCACAGGUAUGACCGGAGCUUGUCACCUCCACGUUCCAGUAACAGCUCUGGGUAUGGCACAGGAAAUUCUUCACGUUCCUUCACGGUUGACCAACGCAGCGCACAUGAUUACCAUGACCCAUCUAGGGGGCAUCACAACGAUCACCAACCAGAGCGACAAGAAUAUCAGAACAACAACAGUAACAGCAACAAUGGUGAACAUGAACAUACAGCAGAUUAUGAGCGAACCCCUGACUAUAUGGGAACACUCUCCAGCACCAGUUCAAGUCACUCUAGUGAUCGAUGGACUGAGCCUUUGGAGGAACAAGCAGAUUCUCCGCCACCUCCAUUACCUGCACGUUCAACGCAACAGAGCGCCAAGCGACGCGGCGACCUCUUCCAAUCCUCGUUCCAUAACCGAGGCGGCAACAGCAACCCUCCCAUCUCUCACACUGGUCAAUUAUCUUGCGGCCCACAAACUAGUUUCUCACAUCCCAGCCCCAGUUCUCUCACACCAACAUCCAUGACUGUGUCUUCCUCACCAACACCCUUCAUACACACUGGUUACUCAAACCCAAGCCUGCAGUCUGGCUACUCAAAUUCUGUUGUCCCCACACCUGUGACUGAACCUUCAUCAUCCCCAACACCUCACAUACAAACCUAUGUUCCCCUACACCACUGGCCUCACCACAGGCUAGAUCACAACUCGGACGCCACGGGCGACAACGCAAACUACGCUGUUCCCCCCCCUCACCCCCGUCCACUGCACGCCAGCCCAGAGGAUUCACUUCAUCUUCCAGGAUCUGGUGACUAUGAUAAUGCCCCUUUGAGACAACUGGACAGCCAGCGUACCAGACAAAAUGUUGACCAUACAGCUGGCGCCAGUGCUAAUACUCAGGUACAGGUGAGUGAAUAUAUUGCAUGGAGGACUGAGCGCCUGAAUGGUAACUUACGGUCAAGCAGCCUUCCUGGUCAUACAACUCAUCCACCCGGUCAAGAAGACAACUCAUCGUCCACCGAACGUCUUCAUCCCACACGUAGUGAAGAUGAGCUGUCAGGCAGUAGUGGUUCUCCUCACACCAAACGACAAAUCAAAGGCGGAAAUACAACACCUUCUUCAACAUCUUCCAGGAACCAGUCACCCAGAACUGUUGCUGCUGAGGCUCGUUUGAGGCAGGCUGCCACCCCUAGAAAGAACAGCCAACGUAACUCAGCUAAUCUUGGUUCAUCCAGUUUGCAGGAGGAGUUAUUCCGGCUCAUCAAUCCAGACUAUAUAUCAGAUACCGAGUCAUUAGCGUCUCGAGAGAGUUCAGAACGACCAAGAGCUUAUAGCUUGGGAAUUUCUGCAGGCAUUGUGUCUACAUCACAGGGGAGUCGAAGUAAUAACAGUUCUCUGGACCGCUCUUCGGUCAAGUCUGGUGGAGCCAAUGCCAGUGGAGAAAGACCCAACCCAUCUCAGUUACAUUUGAACAAUCCUAAUAAGGGAUCCUCUACUCAGUCCCAGGGAACAGCCGUAUCUCAAGCAUCAGGUAUCAGUUAUCGCACCUUUCCUGUUGCUUCAAGUCUUCAACAUUCGUCGGUAGUCUCUGUUUCAGCUCAUGGGCAAAACUCCCCAGAUGGAAACCAAAAUAUCCCAUCACAAACGGAGGUGGCGGAGGUAGUCGUUUUGACUGCUCGACCAGCAACUGUUAUAUCAAAUUCAUCCACUUCCAGUCCAGCCACAACAAGUGACCAACGAGCUGAUCAAACUGUUGUGGCUUCUGCAGAUUUACGUUCUGGAGGACAGGCACACCCACCAGACCAAACAAUAUGUCCUCCUGUCUCAGAGAGCAAGAACCCCCAAUGGUUGGACACUUCUGGUGAAGAGAAGGCAGUGGUGGAGGGCUUGGGUCGAGAACAGAGUGGAGGGUUAGAUGUUGACCAAGAAUGGAUGAGUCUAGUAAAUACAGCCACACAAGCCAUUCAGAAGAGUGGAGAGAUGAUAGGAUCCCAGACUCGCCAAUCACAACCACCGACACAGAGCUGGCCAUCCCAUCAAACCACCUCUCGGGUGAAUGAAAAUGUAAACUCUGGUGGAGAUGCAUCCGUUCUUCAUGAUCGUGUGGUACAGCUUGAACGUAGGCUGGCUGCAGAACAACAGCGCUCAGAACAACUCGAGGAUGAAGUUACCCAGUUACGUACUGAAAACCGAAAAUUGCAAGAAGACAGUCGAGCAGCAGCACAACAGCUGCAUCAAUUUACAGAGUGGUUUUUUAACACUAUUGACAAAACUUGAGAUACUGAAGGGUGUAAUUACAGUGUUCUUGCAAAGUCUGAUCUUAUAUGGUAGGCUCAAUUUAAAAAAUUAUAUUAGAGGCAGUGUCUUAAGUUAUGAGGGUAAUCUACCCAGACGCAAAAUUUCAAUUAAUACCUAUAAUGCCCAACACUGGGAGGAGGGGGGGGUGUUGAGGCAGGUGACCUUGUCCCAAGAACAAUUUGUCUUUUAACUGGGGUACUAACUUAAUAGAAUCUAGGAGCCAGAAGCUAUAACAUAUUGCUUAUCACCAGUUUUCUGGCACUUCAGUGAAUCAUUGGGAACUCCACAUUGCCUAGAAACUAAGAGGUGAUGCCACUUACAGGAUUUGUGACAGUUACAAAAUGGAGUAGAAUUAAAACUAUUAUGCUGUCAUCCUGGAAAUAAUACAUUCAGAAUAUGAUAUCCAAACUUACUGCCUGAAAGUUGAUGAUAAUUGUGUGAUCUCUAAACUGGGUAGUUAACUCCUUGGUAAGUUUUGGCUGCACUAGUUUCAACAUUCUUUGCCAAGUUAUAUAAUUCUCCAUUUUGUGCAUUAGAUUUAAGUUCUCAUUUUACAGCUCUGCUGAUAAUUGAUCAUAUCUGAAUUUCUAAUAGUCCUUUCAUAGUGAUAAGGAGAAGGUUUUGUUCUGUAUGUAUUGGCUAAUUUUCAGAAUAUAGCAUUUUUCUGCUGGUAAUUGGAAUUCUAACAUAAUUUUUGCAAGGGCCUUAAUCUUUAGCAUAGAGACUUUAGAUGUUUUCCGAAGGCUUUAGUGUAUUUCUAAUUCUCUAGUCUUUAAUAUUAAACUGAAAUAUAUUGAAACACUUAUUUAGUGAAUUUAAGUGUAAAUUGCCAAAAAGUGCUAAAAUCAGUAUUACCCAUGAUUAAUGAAUUAGUCAACUACUUCAGGUCAAUAAGGAUGCCGCUCCACUUGGUGAAAUAUGGCACAUGAUUUAUAUAAAUACAUAUAUAUAUAUAUA